AUGCUCAAAUUUUUGACACACAAGCUCCGAACGCAUUCGUUGAAUGAGGAGAACGUUUCCGAGAAGGUGGAGGAGCGGGACUCCGGCACCGAGUCGGACGACGAGGCGGAGCGCGCCGACACCGGCGAAUACUGUGCGGACGUCAUAAUGAAGUGGAAUGACGUCACUGACAUCAGUAUGGGCGGUGAGGCGUGCGCGUGCGCCCCUGCGCCGCCGCCGCCCGCCCCGGAGCCCGACCAGCUCUACGAUCACCACUCCUCGGAGGAAGAACUUGAGGUCAUCAAUGGAAGUCCUGCGGGCCCGUCCACCGUGACGUCGCGGGGCGAAGGCCGGCGGAGGGGUGCGUCGUCCCCGGCUCGCACGGCGCCAGAGAAGCGUCGGUGGCCAGCGGAGCCCUAUUUAGACGACGAGACCGCUACAAGAGCGCCCUCUUCUGACGACGAUGAUACCAAGAUCGAGACGCCUGUGCGUUUCCGCACGUCGCCACCGCUGGAGGCGUUGAAGCCGCGGCGCGCGGGAGAGUGCGCGUGCGCCGGCAAGCCCGCGUCGCCGCGCCGCCGCCGCUGCCCGCUGCCGCCGCCGCGCCGCCACCGACCCGCGCUCGACUUCGAUAAGAUGCAACAGGGGGCGGGCGGGGGCGGGCGGGGGCGGGCGGGGGCGGAGGGCGGCGGCGGUGCACAAGUGUGCAUGAUGCCGCAUAAUGAGCCCACAUGCACGUUCCCACGCAGCGCGCAGGGUUCGCAC